CUACAUAUGCUUUAAGAUUGGUGACAGAUAGAGAGAGAAGAAGAGGCGAGUCCAACUCUAGCAAGGUUUUAGGCUGCUGCCAUGGCCAUGGCGGCGCGACUGCUGCGACGAACGGCGCUAGCAAGCGAGGUAGCAUCUCGAUUUUUAUCUGCUUCUCACGGUUUGGUUCAGCGAGCUGCAUACACCUCUGGAGGAAUAGUUGAUGUUGGCCAGCCAACACCCCAGUCUCAUCCUAAGUUAUUAGCUGAUGGGGAGAUCACACCAGGCAUCCCAAGUGAGGAGUACAUCUCUAGAAGAACAAGGCUUUUGGAGGUUCUGCCUGAAAAGAGCUUGGCUAUUAUUGCCUCUGCAGAUCAGCAGAUGAUGACUGAUGUAGUGCCAUAUCCAUUCAGACAGAGUGGUGAUUACCUGUACAUUACAGGUUGUAUACAACCCGGUGGUGUAGCAGUUUUGAGUGAAGAAACUGGAUUAUGUAUGUUCAUGCCAGAUACAGAUAAGGAGGAUGUACUUUGGCAAGGUCAGACUGCUGGAGUUGAGGCAGCCGUGGAUUUUUUUAAAGCAGAUAAAGCAUUUCCACUUAGUCAGAUGCAGAAGAUCCUUCCUGAAAUAAUUGAGCGGUCAAAAGUGGUGUAUCACAAUGUGAAGACAUCAUCUUCUUCUUAUAGGAACUUGGAUGCCUUCCGUAGGGCAUCGCUCAACAAUAGAGUAAAAGAUCUUACAUAUUACACCGAUGAAUUACGGUGGAUCAAGUCAAAAUCGGAAACUAGGUUGAUGAGGGAAUCAGCAUCUAUUGUUUCUCAGUCUCUUUUACAAACAAUGUUGCUAUCGAGGACCCACAAGGAGGAAAGCCAGUUGGCGGCUAAGAUUGAAUACGAGUGCAAAAUGAGAGGUGCCCAAAGAAUGGCGUUCCAUCCAGUAGUUGGUGGAGGAGCAAAUGGUAGUGUUAUACAUUACUCAAGAAAUGACAGAAAGAUCAAAUCAGGUGAACUUCUGCUCAUGGAUGUUGGCUGCGAGUAUCAUGGCUACCUUAGCGAUCUGACUCGAACAUGGCCACCCUGUGGCAGAUUUUCACCUGCUCAGGAAGAACUAUACAGCCUAAUACUGGAGACAAAUAAGGAAUGCAUAAAGCUUUGUAAACCAGGCGCAAGCAUUAACGAGAUACACAAUUAUUCGGUUAAGAUGCUGAUAAAAGGAUUCCAAGAACUUGGAAUUCUGGAGAAGGGAAAAUCCAUCCAGUACAAUUAUUUGAAUCCAACAGCAAUAGGUCAUUCGUUAGGAAUGGAUAUUCAUGACUCCGUAACACUCACCAAGGACAAACCCUUGGAACCCGGCGUGAUAAUAACGAUCGAGCCCGGGAUUUAUAUCCCACCGGUCCCGAUAUUGAACGAGAAUGCGCCGGACAGGUACCGUGGCAUUGGAAUAAGGAUAGAGGAUGAGGUCCUCAUCACCGAGAACGGGCACGAGGUAUAACAUCAUUCAUCCUGGACAGAUUGGGUGUUGGGAUGGUCCUGACGGCGUCGGUGCCGAAGGAGAUCCCCCACUUAACCACCCUGAUGAGCAUGGGAGGCAGCGACGCCGCGAUGGACGGCCAUGAGCUGCGAGCUGCGUGUCGCUGAGAGGCUCGCCCAUCCUGACCAGAUCGCCCAUCUUCCACCGAGGAUCGCCGCAUCUGCGCCCCGUCCGCAUUCACUCUUCUGUCGUAGCCAGAUGGCGAGCCGUGCUGCAGGCCUCACCUGAUAUGGGCACGUCGGAAUACAAAAACUGCAGAAAAUCCAUUCCAUCCGUUCAUGUAUGAUUACAAGAACAAGAAUUCAGAAAAGUUGUUUGCAUCGCCGAGAAAAAGACCCGAUUUAUGUAAA